AUGUCGGAGGAAGGGCGCCUAGAGUAUGUCAAAAGAUUGGUGGGUUUCCCAUCAGCAAUUUCCCUGGCGGAGGGUAAGAUUUGGGUUCUUUGGGAUCCUCUUCUCAACAUCACCUUCAGCACGCUGGCGGAGCAGUUAGUGGAUAUGGAGAUCAGUUCUCCAGGUGGGUCGUUCUUCUUCUCUGCGGUCUAUGCCCGAUGUACUGGGGUGGCUAGACGUCCUCUCUGGAGUGCCAUGGAGAGGUUGGCGUCUUCGAGACAAGGCUCCUGGAUGGUGGCUGGGGAUUUCAAUAUAAUCACGGAGGCGUCAGAAAGGCUUGGGGGUGCAGCACCGAAUACACGUCAUAUGGAGGAUUUCAAUCAGACUCUCUUUCAUUGUGGCCUUACUACGGUAGAAUUCGAAGGACCAAAAUACACCUGGACGAAUGGGAGGGUAUGGCACCGAUUGGAUCGAGUGGUGAUUAAUCAAGAGUGGGCUGAGAUGUGUUCAGUGACACGGGUGUUACACUUGUCCAGGGGACGAUCAGAUCAUGCGCCUUUACUGAUCAAGUGUGGUUCAGGACGGCAGGGUAAAUCGGCAUUCAGGUAUCUCAAUGUGUGGCCCCGUCACAGUUCCUUUCUUGGGAUUGUUCAAGAGGUAUGGGGAGGGGGAGGUCCUUCACGUACGAUGUCAGAGUUUUUUCAAAAAUUGUUGGGGGUGAAGAGCAAGCUGAAGGUUUGGAACAAAGAGGUUUUCAGGAAUAUAGAGACCCGGGUGGCGGAGCUUGAGAGGGAUAUGCGGGCUGCUGAAAUGCAAUAUGAUACGGGGAGAACUGUGGAAGCGAAGAUUGUUUAUCAUGAGGCUAGGGCGGCAUAUAUGAAGCAGUUGGCCGUUGAGUGUGGGUUUUGGCGCCAAAAGUCAAGGAUAAAAUGGAUUCAGGAGAGGGAUGCGAACACGGCCUUCUUCCAUUCUGUGGUUCGGCAAAGAAGGGCUUCGAAUUACAUUUCAGGGAUUCGGAGUGCGACGAGGCAGUGGCUGACUGAGGUAGAGGACAUUAAGAGUUCGGCAGCAGCAUUUUUCCAAGCGCUAUUUAGUUCGGAUAGGGAUACUGAUCGGCAGCCAUGUUUGCCUUUCACUCUCCCACAGGUGUCUCAGGGGGACAAUGAGAGUAUAUUGGCUCUGCCCACAACGGAUGAGGUGCGUGAAGUGGUGUUCUCGAUCAGUCCAGAUAGUGCCCCUGGUCCAGACGGCUUUGGGUCAGGCUUUUACCAGUCUGGCUUCGUACCGGGCCGACAAAUAGUGGAUAACAUUCUCCUGGCGCAAGAACAUGCCAACGAAUUGGACCGUCGCUUGGAGGUUCCGAACCUCUUGUUGAAGCUUGAUAUGGAGAAGGCAUAUGAUCGAGUGGAGUGGUCCUUCCUCUUGUUCAUGCUUAGAUCUUUUGGCUUCCAAGAACCUGCAGUUGAUCUGAUCUUUCGUUUGGUCGCCAAUAAUUGGUUUUCAGUGCUAGUUAAUGGGGAGCCGGCUGGAUUCUUCAAGUCAACGAGAGGGGUCAGACAAGGUGAUCCAAUCUCUCUUGGCCUCUUUGUACUAGUGGCGGAAUUUUUUGGCAAAGGGCUCUAUUCCCUGUUUCGGCAUGAUAGACACAGGUUUUUCCAGGCGGGCGGAAUUAAGAUUCCAUAUCUGGCAUUCGCCGAUGACGUCAUUAUUUUUACCAGGCUUGCACGGGAGACGUUAGAAGCCAUUAAUGACUUCUUUAAACGAUACCAACAGUAUUCAGGACAGAAGAUUAAUGUGGCAAAAAGUGGCUUCGUGUGCUCCUCUCGGGUGUCGGAGACACAGGUGGAGCUGGUGGCUAGCAUUCUGGGCUUCCAGAGGCAAUUUUUCCCGAUGGUUUAUCUUGGUGUCCCCAUUUCCCGAGGCCGUUGUUCAUCUAUUGCUUUUGAUGGGAUUCUUGCAAGAGUGAGGGCACGGAUCUUCCACUGGAGCGGGAAGUUGUUGUCCAUGGGCGGCAAAUUGAUUCUUAUAAAACAUGUCUUGAAUUCCAUGCCGCUUCAUCUGCUACAGGUGCUUAAACCCCCCAAGACAGUGUUGGUUGCCCUGGGAAGAUUAUUCAACUCAUUCCUAUGGGAUAAAUCCAGGGAAGACAAACGAACGCAUUGGGCGUCCUGGGAGAAGCUGUGUUUUCCCACGGAGGAAGGUGGGUUAGGGGUUAGGUCGCUGGAGGACAUGGUUAAAGCCUUCUCGCAUAAACUGUGGUGGAGGCUACGCCAAAGGGGCUCCUUGUGGUCGGAUUUUAUGUACUCCAAGUAUAUUGGGGACCAGCACCCGUUGCAAGUGGCGGUAACAAGACCGACUGGUACAUGGAAGCGAUUGCUAGGUAUACGGGAAGUGGCGGAGGCGCAAAUUUCAUGGAGUCUCGGCCCGGGAAUGGUAGAUUUCUGGUUGGACACGUGGUGCGAGUUGGGCCCUUUAACUGCAUUGGUUCCGGAGGAGAGUGACAGACCCCAUUUUUUGGUGGCAGAAUUCCUAGAUAGGGACGGAUGGAACAGGGGCAGACUUCUCCACUGGCUCCCGGCCAAUCUGGUGGAUUUGAUAGUGGACAUUCCUUUUGACCUGGAGGGGCAGGAUCAUAUCUUGUGGGCGACAUCGGCGUCAGGGCAGUUUACCUUAACUUCGGCUUGGGAGUUGUGCCGGCAACGUCGAACCAUAUUGCCACUGGCCCAAUGGGUUUGGAAUAAGGGUACACCGUUAAAAAUUUCACUAUUUGCUUGGAGGCUGUUGAACAACUUUCUACCCUUGGACUCGGUGAUGCGAAGACGUGGACUGCCCGUGGUGUCCAGGUGCUCAUGCUGUCUUCAAGAGGCGGAAUCAGUGCCACAUCUGUUCGUUAAUGGACCAAUAGCGAGUGAGGUUUGGGGACAUUUUGCAAGUAAGUUCGGCAUUCUGCACUCCACUCCGGAUGAUAUUCAGCUUGUUUGGAGGAUGUGGGCCACUUCGUUGACUCGCAUCCCUGCUCAUCAUAUUCGGUGUGUCCUACCGUUUGUGAUUACAUGGUUCAUAUGGCGGGGACGAAAUAAGGCACGGUUCGAAGGCCAGGUUUUUUCAGCAAGGGGGGUCAUCGUGGAGGUUGGCAACUUCUUGCACGACCUGGGCAGAGCAAAUAGGCUGGAUAAGGUACAGUUUCGGGGUGACCAGGAUUGA